CGCUCGGAGCGUGCAGUGUAUCGGUGUCAGUACGAACGGACGCGCCACGAUUUAUCGUGGUAAACGUCUCGUAGGCGGUUUAUGAAUCAUAUGAUUCACCGAUCAACGAUAUUUUCACUCGGUGUUACGUGUUGAACAAAAUCGAAUCGAAAGCAGAAACGAAAAACUGCUCACGAUUCAGUGAAAGUGGCAGACGGAGCGGUGACAGCGAGAUUUCGCGCGUGUUCAAGCCGGGAGGCGCAUGUUGCUCUCCUCAAGGUUCGAUCGAGUCGAAGACAGCUGGGAGAGAAUUGUUCGGGAGGGAUGCUUUGAAAUACAGACACAGUUAUUUCAUUCAAGGGUGAAACGUCGUCCCAGAAGAUCGAGGCAUGCCGAAGUAUUGGCUGAACGUGGCCCUUCUCAGGGUUAUUCUGCCACUUGUCUUAGCAGGAUGUACGGUAUGGCGGCCCGUGGGACUGUCCCUAGUUUAUUUUGCUCUGAUGCUAUAUUCGCCCCAUGUCCCUGUACCAAACGCAAAGACAAUGGCUGGCCAUACGGGACAUUAUUUGAAGACCUGCAUCGGCCUAUCUUUUCUCACAGCCACCAGUCAAUUCACCUUUCACAUAGUUUUGCUGGCGUUGCCAACUUACGGACAUUUUCUUCAAAACUGCGAACUGAUGGAAGUGAUCUUCAGACACAUAGGUUUCGUGAGGCUAGAUAGCGCGUCAGCUUGGGAGGUCCUUUUUUGGCUGACCCCAGAGCUAAUUGUUUUACCUACUAGUAUAGCAAUGUAUUUUAUAUGUCGUUCCCUAUCUCAAAAGUCGGUCACCAACGUAGAAGACGAUGCAUCGUUGCAUCGGGGUGCUGUUGCUUCGAAAAAGACCGAGGACAGCACGGCAAAGAUCAUCAAUUUUCUGGGGCGUAUCGGAACCUACGUGGUCCUGGCGUCAUUUUGCAUCACAGCAUCCUUGAAACCAUCCGUGGAAGGUGGUUGUUACUUCCUCGUCUUCCUAGGAGCAGCUACUUGGUGGGCGUGUAAUAAAGAGCUUCGGAAAGGAUUCGCUGUACUUUGCAGGAUCAUGAUGGCCGUCGUAAUCCUUCAUCUACUGACCCUGCUCACUUAUCAGAAUCAACUGCCUCAAGAAUUGAUCCCUUUGAAUAGGACCUGGCAACGUUAUUUUGCUCUGACCGCGAUCUAUCGGACGAAUUGCAGCGAUCCGAGAAACGUGGAAUACGCUGAAAAUGCUGAUUGGUUGGUUUACGGCUACUGUUUGCGACUGUUUUGGCUCUACUACGUUUUGGCUUUGCAAUCUCAAUUCCUGAGCAAAAAACCGAACGUUGCUUUUACUAACGAGGCGUUCCAGGCAAAGAAAGUGAAACGUUUAAGCGGCAAACUGGAGAACCUGGACACUCCAUUGUCUAGACACGUUUCCAUCAGAAGAAGGACACCUUCUCAGAGAUGGCAAUCUGCCCGUCGAAAGGCCCGCAAGCCGAUCGUUAAUUCGUCGUCCCUACCUGUCGACGAGCGCACACCCUUGAUGAGGUUUGGAUCCGGAAGAACGGGACUGUUGCAAGAUUCAACCGGAAGCGUCAUCGUUCAAGACGGUCAUCAGGAUGACAGUAUUCAGCUGCAAAGUCUUAGCGAAGCUGCUCCUGAUGAACAAUCUGGGAUCAUCGAACACAUCAUCAUGGCUGUAUAUUCGAUUUUCCAAUUGAUCAUCAAUUCAUCUUACAUCGCCACUAAUAUCAUAAUGAUGACUUGGAGCAUAAUGUAUCACAGUUGGACAACAUUUGCUUUGUUAUUAUGGGCUUUGGUCCUUUGGAUGGUGCCUAACAAACGAGCUUCCAUGAUGAAAUGCUCUCCCUUUAUCGUUUUUUACGCGAUGCUUCUUCUUCUGGGACAGUACAUUUAUAGUAUGGAUUUGACCGAGGAAGAGUUACCGACACAAAUAAAUGGAGUUAAAAUAUCAGAAAUCGGUUUCAGCAAGACCGAAAGUCAUUGGCAUUUAGUGGUUAAAUGUGUGUUCAUAUCGAUGUUUUGGAUUACGAUGAGACAGUAUACCGCUGAGAGAACCAGACAAAGGCGUUCUUCAGCGUUGAGAGACAUGGUAGCUCCGUUACAUGUUUCCGUUUCGACAGCCACCACUGCCAUGCACCAGGAAGCGCCUGAGAUUAAAAGCAAAUUCAUGAAAGAUGUUGGUAUUCUUCUGAAAAAGUUGCUGACCAAGUUUUGGAUCGCUGUAGUAGCCAUUAUGCUAUUUAUCUGCGGAAUCACUGGCGAACGUAUGACCGUCUUCAGGAUCGUUUACAUGUCUCUCUUCUUGGUUCUAGUCAUUACAUUCCAGAUAUCCUGGACAGUAUGGAGGAAGAUGAUGUACUCGUUCUGGCUCACAGUCAUCGGAUACUCCGUGAUCAUGUUGAUCCUCGUCUACACUUAUCAAUUCGACAAUUUCCCAGAAUAUUGGAGCUAUUUGCGCAUAGACGAAGACCUGCAGAUGGACAUCGGUUUAGAGAAAUACGCGACCAAAGAUCUUUUCGUUAGACUGUUAACACCGACCUUCUUCGUCAUCAUCACCGUUCUUCAGAUUCAUUAUUUUCACAAAGACUUCUUGGAAGUGACAAAUAUCGAAAGAUUCGGAUACCGGAGUAGUCCUGUCAGACGAUCCAGUCUUGGCCACUCUCCGACCUUGGACAUAGUACCAAAUAUACCUGCAGACAUUUUUAUUAGCGAGGAGACAAACGAAACCAAAUACAGCUUGCGACAAUUGAAACGAAUGUCCAAAUUGGAAAGAGUAGCGUUAUUUCGCAAAAUAGUCGGCCAUUUGGUGAACUUCUACAAUUACACGUGGCUGUUCCUUGAAAUUCAUAUGCAGAAGAUUGUUUUCAUCUCUGUGAUACUACUUUGCGUGAACGAUGUUUGUGCCAUUAAUAUAGUGUUCGUCGUGAUAGUGGUUAUUAUGAUCAAUUCUAGACGGAACGUUCAAAUAUGCACCGUUAACACGAUCGCAGCGAUCAUUGCUCUCUUAAUGGUUGUAAAGAUGCUUUAUCAGAUUCAGUACAUCGAUCAUAACAAUUGGAACGUUAAUUGCACGAAAAACAUAGAUGAAUUUCAACAGCCAUACGCCAGCAACAACACAGUAUACAACAUAGCCGAAUGGUUUGGUAUAAAGAAAGCAGAGCCAGGACAUCUCGCAGAACUACUGAAAGGCUAUAUAGGAAUCAUAGUAGUGACCACCGUGAGAAAAAUCAUCAGAAUUCGACAGUGCUUCCAUCGACAAGAACGUGGUGAACCUCUGGACACGCCACAAGUCAUGUUCCCAUCGAUCACUAGAGCAGACGCUGAUAAAGGACUGCCAGAAUGCAUAAAGUUCCUGUUCAAUUACGGAUUCUACAAGUUUGGCGUAGAAAUGUGUCUGAUAGGAAUCGUGGCUUUGAUUGGAACAAGACUCGACUUUUAUUCGGUUCUAUAUAGUAUAUGGUUGUUGCUGUUCUUUUCCUUGAAAAGAAGAACUAUCUCGAAGAUUUGGCCAUUCUUCAAGAUUUUCGCUAUAAUCCUUUUACCUAUUCAGUAUUCUCUGGUCGUGUCGCUGCCUUCCUGGCUUUGUAUAGAUUAUCCAUGGGGUGAUUCGAAAAUAUUGAGGAGGCUACAAGAGUGGAUGUAUUUCCCUGAUCCAGAUUUCCCACCGAAUCCCAGAAAACUAAUAUGUGACUUCAUUCUGUUGAUGAUGAUCGUCAGACAGAGCCUCGUUUUCAAAAUCGAACAACGAAGCGCAGCGUCUGGCGUAGAAUUUCCAGCAGGUCACAAUUAUUCCGUGUACAAUAACAUGGAGAAACCGAAUUUCGUAAAUCCUGUGAAAGAUUACGUGUCCCACAUUCAUUCGUGGUUGGACAUCGUGAAACGAGGCGUGAUGAUGAGUCUUAUGUGGGUUACCUUGUCGAUCAUGUUCUUGGCUGGAACCGAGAGAACCAACCUGUUCUCGUUGGGUUACUUGAUCGGAGCGUUCGUGUUCCUCUGGCAAGGAAGCGACUUUUAUUUGAGACCAGUCAAGACGAUUUUAAAAUGGUGGAAUCUUCUGAUUGGAUACAACGUUACCGUUAUCUUCUUGAAAGCCUUGCUUCAAGGUAUAGGUUGUGUGCUGACAACGGAGUUGAAGACUUCAGCAUGUCCAGUCAUUCAGUUAUUCGGCAUUAGCUGUCUAAGAAAAUUCCGAAGUUCUACCAGUGAUCUCGAGUUGGGAAAAGCAGAAUGCGAAGUACCUCGCGAAGACAUAGGCAUGGUCUGGGACGGCCUGUGCUUUGGCUUUCUGCUACUGCAGAAACGACUCUUUAAGAGUUACUAUUUCUUCCACAUAGUGGAUGAAACGAAAGCCAUGAGCGUGUUGGCUUCCCGAGGAGCUGAGUUGCUCGAAGAGCUGCACCAGAAACGCAUCGAGAUCCAGGACAACGUGGAAAAGAACGUGCUACAAAAGUUGAAGUUUAAGAUGGACAAGAUCAAAGCCAAUCAGAGAAAGAUACAAGGACCCAGUUACAGAGAACCCCAGACGCACAAAGUUGAUACUCUCUAUCCAGGGACAAGGCCAUUGUACAGAGUUCGCGCUCCAAAUACCAACAAAGAGGCCAUCAGAUCCGGUGAUUACUACAUGUUCGAUGACUUGGACGACGAUGAUGUGACUGAUCUUAUUCCCGACACCGAAUCCGAGAAGAAAGAGCAAGAACGUCGCCGCGAACAAGAGAGGCGUAGUCGAAGGAUGACCAUCUCCGAGCUGAUGCACACGCUGAUUAAGACAGACAUUGAGAUUGCGACGCACGUUGCCAUGUACGGAGGGACUGAAAAGGACGCGCUGAGACUUCGUCGUCGUAGUGUACCUUUGACAAGGAAGAAAUCGUCUAUGUCGUACCUAAGUGCACGUUCCGAGACCGACACAGCAGUGGCCACCGAUUCGCAGCUGACAGCGAGGCUCCUCGUCGUUGGUGGCGGUGACAAAACAAGUCUUACAUCGGCUGACAUUGAAACCGAAGAAAAGGAUACGUCAAUGGCAGAUGCUGAGAAAACAUCCCAACCCUCUGACGAUGAGUACGGAGAAGAUAAGGUCGACGAACCAAAAAGGAAGGAAGAAGAGGAAGAAGAGGAGGAGGAGGAGGAGAAGAAAGUGUCGUUUGUCACGUACCUUAAAUUCCUUUUGGUGAUGAUUAACAGCACAUUAACUUCGAUGACCAGAUAUUUGAAUAGAUUUUCAAGGGACUAUAGAUAUAUUCGCAAGGUUCUAGCGAAAGAAAAGAAACUAUUAAAGGCAAAGCCAGAUUUUCGAAUGGGAACGAGAUUAGGUAUAAAUCAAAUGUGGCAGCCGAUACCAUUAUUGAAGAAGAGAUCCUCGACUAAUGGAAUUACCGAGGAAUGUUUCGAUGCUGGCGAGGGUCCUAGUCAACCUCGAACACAGGAGGAGAGCACGCUCUUCUCUGAAAUGUCACCCGUUCAACACGACGACGAAGCAGGGGAAUUAUCGGAGGUCGACCAACCACCGAUAAUACAAUUAUUGGCGUCCAUAUGGUUUGGCAUUUUGGCCCACUCGAGUCUGCUAUGCUACUUUAUGGUGUUUCUUCAUCAAAUCAAAAAUGCGUCGGUUUUAUCCACACCCUUGCCGCUGAUGGUGUUUUGCUGGGGUUCACUUACAAUCCCACGACCAUCGAAGACAUUUUGGGUAACUUUGAUCGCAUACACCGAGGUAAUUGUCAUCGUAAAAUGCAUUUUCCAAUUGGAACUGUUACCCUGGAAUCGAGACGCCGCACCGAAUAAUCCUCUCUUUACACCCAGAAUCAUGGGAGUUGAACGAAAACCUGAUUACGCCUUAUGGGAUCUAUUGUUGCUCCUUAUGGUAUUCUUCCACAGGUUUAUGCUGAAGUCGUUGGGACAGUGGACCGCGCCGACGCUUAAACCAAGGAAAAUUAUACCCUCGAGUUUAACUAUAGUCGCGUCUAAACCUCCUCCUGAAGAUAGAGGGCAAGGGGAAACUGUGUUACGAAACGAAACAGAGGAUGGUACCAAUAUAAAAACACCUGCAGGAAGGACCUUGCAUAUCCGUGGUGAGGGCGAAAAUCUAGAAACGCACGAUGAGAAUGAAAGACUUGUCGCGAUUCAGGGCGAAGAAACGGAUGAAACAUUCCAGAAAACUAUGGAUAUGACCGUUAACAAAUAUAUGGAACCGACGAAACACUUUUUCCGCAUGAUUCUCAGUACGUCCGGCAAAGAGAAAACCAAUGUGUAUGCGUACAUGUUUCUCUGCGAUUUCUUCAACUUUUUGCUACUCAUUUUUGGAUUCUCUGCAUUUGGAACUCAACAAGGCGAUGGCGGUGUGACGGCCUAUUUACAGGAAAAUCGAGUACCUAUGCCUUUCUUGUUAAUGUUAUUAUUGCAAUUUGCGCUGAUUGUUAUCGAUAGAGCUUUAUUCUUGAGAAAGUCUAUCCUGGGAAAACUAAUCUUUCAAUACUGCUUAAUAUUUGGUGUUCACAUUUGGAUGUUCUUCAUUUUGCCAAGUGUUACGGAACGACAAUUUAAUGAGAAGCUUCCACCACAAAUUUGGUACAUGGUGAAGUGUUUCUAUCUUCUAUUGGCUGCGUAUCAGUUACGACAGGGCUAUCCAACGCGUAUACUCGGUAACUUCCUCUGCAAAGAUUACAGUAUCGUGAACUACGUCUUGUUUAAAGGAUUCAUGCUGGUUCCUUUCUUGUUCGAGCUGAGAGCUGUUAUGGAUUGGAUUUGGACAGACACAUCCAUGGCCAUUAUGGACUGGUUCAAAAUGGAAGAUAUAUUCGCCAGCAUUUAUCAAAUCAAGUGUAUGCGAGGCGUAGAAGCAGAUUUCCCGCAGCCACGAGGCGUUAAGAAACAGCAAAUGAGCAAAUACUUAGUAGGUGGUGGUGCUCUGUUCCUCAUGAUUGGGUUGAUAUGGUUCCCAUUGCUUUUGUUUGCACUUGGUGGCACGGUUGGUGUUUCAAACUUGCCUUACGAUGUCUCGAUGAAAAUUAGAAUCGGUCCAUAUGAACCUAUUUACGCCAUGUCUGCUCAAAGCGGCUCUAUCAUCGAAUACAACGAAGCAGAGUAUAAAAGAUUAACAAAUUUGUACGCGAGGGAUAGACCUGCGGUUACUUUCUUAGAGAAUUAUGUUCAUUCUGACGUCGCUGCGAUCAGACUGAGCGGAUUUUCUAGAAAAUUGUGGAGUAUAUCUCCGCCAGAUUUAGAAAGACUAAUAGCAGAAUUAGAAAACAACAGUACCACUGUCGUCGUUCACGUGGAAUGGACAGUGUCACGAAAGACAGAUGCCAAAGACGCCACUGGUAUAACGACGAAAACUCGUGACAUAAAAUUACUUCCGUUUAUUAAUGAUGAAUUCAAUCCUGUAAGAAGAAAGUUAGCCGAUAUGUUAUCGCCUGAGAAAUCGACUAUACAUAACGGUACUAUCAUAUUGCCAAACGCUUUUCCAAAAUUCUUAAAGGUAACUGGUCGCAACACUGACGUGGUUCCUCAAUUGAUGCAUUUAAGAUUGCGACGCGACGAAAAUGAGGAAGUAACAGACGACAGUUAUCUUUAUAGAAAUAUUAGCCUUCAACUGUCCACCGAUUCUGAAUGCUGUGCGCACGAAAAAUGGUGGGUCGUUAGAGAAGCUUGCAACGAUCCAUUGUAUGAACAAUUAUUAGAAAAUAUACCUUUAAAUAGUUGCAAAUACAUCAUGAUGUUCUUGUUCAACGAUAAAACGUUCCCUGAGGGAUUGAGCUUCAUUAGUGGAUUAGGAAUCUUAGGUUUGUAUACCACCGCGGUUAUCGUGAUAAGUCAGAUGAUGAGAAAGAUAGUCAGUGAUAUGGCACCAAAGAUCAUGUUCGAUGACUUGCCCUACGUAGAUAGGAUCCUUCGAUUGUGUUUGGACAUUUAUUUGGUCCGUGAAAGUGGUGAAUUGUGUCUCGAAGAGGACUUGUUUGCCAAAUUAAUAUUCCUCUACAGAUCGCCAGAGACGUUAAUCAGGUGGACAAGACCUCCUGAAGAAGGAGAGCGGACCGAUAAUGAAGAUCAAGAUGAGGUAGAGGAAGAGGGGAGAGGAGAAUCUCGAGAAGUUUCUCGUCGCGAAUAAGUUUUUUCAAAAGCGAAAUAUUACCAGUGAACAAUACUCUUCAAGAAUUUUUUAAAUCGAGUUAGUAUUUUGGCCAAGGUUUCUUUGAACGUAGAUAUACAUUAUGGAUCCUUUUUAUGCCGACAAUAGUUUAACGAACUUAAACAGUGACGCAACGAGUGUUCUGGAAAUUAGAAAGAAAGCUCAGGAAUCUAUUAUCGUGCUGUUUACUGUUUGAAUAAUGAAGAGAUUGAUGAAUGAAGAGAUCGUUUCUAUCUUCAAACAUCAAUAUUAUGUACAUGUACAUACAGAAGUCAGAAGGGAAGGCGAAACAAGAUUAAGGAACAAUAAGGAAAGAGAUUUGAAAAUUCGAAAAGAAUACUAGAAUAUGUUCUAGUAAGAUUUUUUAUUUCGUGGUCAUAGAUUUAAGUGAAAUUUUUACUUUAACAUUUAUUUAUAAAAGAUUCGCUUAAAUAGCACAAUAUAUCAUAAUAUAAGAACACUAUUGUGAUCAUGGAAUAUCAAUAACACAAUUUCAGAACAAGUGCUUUAUACGUUUUACACGUAUGCGGAUCAUUUAUCGUACCAUAUGGAAGCUGUUCUCGUUUUAUCUAUAAUUUAUUUAUACUUUACGUCCACACCGAAAUCCAUGCACGUUUCGAGCAUAAUUCCAUUUCAGAUUGCAUUUGUACCCGAUAAACAUGUUUGCUGAAAACUGCCGUUAGCAAUAUUUUUCGUUCCUUUUUAUACCUUUUUCUAAUCAUUAGUACACAUCAUUAUCAUUCACGAAUAGCAAAUAUGGCCGAUUGGGUCAAGCCUUGAGCGUAUUUUAUAUAUUAUUUAUGUCCGAAGUGAAGAUUUCACGAUGACUAUCAUUGUUUGUAAAUAUAUAUUAUACGAUGCGCGUUUUCGUCGAAACAUUGUAUCAUGUCGCCUUGAUAUGCCUUUUAAAGAUAUCUUCAAAUAUAAAUCAUGUUUCGAAUGGA